UCAAGCUUCCACACACGUGCCUGGAUACGCGACCGCUAGCACUUCUGGUCAAUCGACCGCGCACGCUUCCGGACACGCGUCUGGACCCGCGUCAGCUCAUACGUCCGGGCAAUCAUCUGCACACGCGUCCGGGCAUGGCUCUGCUCACGGCUCCAUGUAUGGCUCAUUGCAAGAGUCCGGCCAUAGCUCAGACGCUCAAUCUGAAGCAGACGACGAUGACCACGCACUAGAAGACAUCGAGCGGAACAUAGCCAACAUUGAACGCUCUUUCCUGAACAAAGAGAUCAUCAUUAACCUCGACGGAGAUGAAUCUAGAGGACGGAAACUGAAGAUCGUCGGAAAACGUUUCCUAAGGCGUGGUUUCUCAAUGGGUCCUGAGAAGACGGUCACCAUUGCGGACCGCGACCGCAAGCGCACCCCAACUACCUUGAAAGCUAUGCGUGCCUUGAUAAGACUCGGCCGGCGUCCUCGUGAAAGUAUCGGGGAUGAAGAACAGGGGCUCCUCGACCAGCCUGGUCCGUCAUCGGAGCCAGAACAGCCUACCUCGUCUGCUGCCUCCGUGUCAUCUGACGACAUCCUGGUUGACACUCGCUCGCCUGCUGAAACCCUCAAAGUGAAGAGACUGCGUCACCUGAUCGACAGCGCCGGGCCGUCUGCUCUUAAAGCUGCGGACUUCCAAGUCUGCAUCACCAUCAUCGAGGCCCGUCAGCUGGCUGGCCUGAACAUGGACCCUGUGGUCUGCGUCCAGAUCGGAGACCACCGCAAAUACACCAGCGUCAAGGAGAGCACCAACUGCCCGUAUUACAAUGAAUACUUCGUCUUUGACUUCCACAUCGCUCCGAAGAUGCUGUUGGACAAGAUAAUCACCCUGUCGGUGCUCCACUCCCGGCACAUCCUACGCGCCAACAAGCUACUGGGCAGCUUCAAACUGGACAUUGCCACCGUGUGGAGUCAACCAGACCGUCAGUUCUACCACAAGUGGGCCCUGCUCACGGACCCCGACGACGUGGCUGCGGGCCCCAAGGGCUACCUGAAGUGCGACAUCAGUGUCAUCGGCAAGGGAGACACCAUCAAGGUCCCCCCGAAGAGCGAAAAGGACGAAGACGAUAUCGAAGCGAACCUUCUCCUGCCUGACGGGGUGCCGUUCGAGAGACAGCGCGCGCGCUUCAUAUUGAAGGUGUACAGAGGUGAUGGGCUACCGAAGAUGAACUACUCCCUCAUAGCCAACGUGAAGAGGGCCUUCACCGGGGAGUCUCAUGACCUGGUCGACCCAUACCUGCGAGUCUCCUUUGCUGGGAUGACAGGUUCGACAUCGGUCAAGAAGGCCUGCUACAACCCGGUGUGGAACGAGCAGAUCGUGUUCAACGAUAUGUUCCCGCCGCUGUGCCAGCGCAUCAAAAUCGAGCUGAACGACGAUGACCCUCUUCAUCCUCACGUCAUCGGAACCCAUUUUAUUGACCUCAAGACUAUCUCCAAUGAUGGAGAAAGAGGCUUUCUUCCUACGUUUGGCCCCGCUUACAUAUACUUCUAUGGGUCCACUCGCGACUACAGUUUAAUUGAUCAGCAUGCCGACCUCAAUACUGGAAUGGGCGAAGGCAUAGCCUACAGAGCUAGGGUCCUUAUUUCUAUUCGUACUGAGAUAUUAGAUGGAAUUGAAUGCCCAGCAUCGGAAGUGGAAAUUGAGCCAGUGCCUCCUCUGAAUGAGUUGGCCUUUGAAAAGAACGAGGAAUUCUUCCUCUUCGCCAGCGUCUUUGACGCUAACAUGAUUGACAAACGACUGGUCGACAAGCCUCUGCAGUUUGAGAUCAGUCUCGGGAAUACCGGGAAUACUUUGGAUGGACACGUUGACGCGCUGAAAAAGCCUCAAGAGCUUGGACCAGAUAAACUUGAUGAACUAGGUGGAGAUACUGGCUACUGGCAAAGCGUGACUCAACCGGCCAAAGCGACGUCCACCGACAAGAACUAUUACUACCUGCCGUAUUGGGACCACAAGCAGUGCAUGCACGUCCGCACCAUCUGGCCAGACCACCGCCGGCGCAUGUACAACUCCAACCUCAUUGCUAGGAUCAUCGAGAAAUAUGAGGAAGGUUUGAACGAAGUCCAGACAGCGAUCGAAAAUGAUUGCGCUUCAGAAAACAACUGUGUGAUCGUUCUGAAGUCAGUCCUGGAGUUACUUAGUGCUGCUUGCGCUAACUACGUGCGUCACAUGUCUGACGCUCCACCAUUUGGAAAUACUAAGCUAGAUCGCGAGAGGCAAAAGUGGUGCCUGUAUGAACUGGAUCAAAUAAGCACGAUGUCGCGAGGACUCAAAGCGUUGGUCACCAAACAUUCCAUAAAGGAUCGUUUACGCACCGCGCAAACUUACUUGACCAAGUUGAAACAGCUUUGCGAAGAUACACAACCCGCAAUGCCAGAUAUUUUUAUCUGGUUGAUAAGCAACGGCAAACGUUUAGCCUAUUACAGGAUUCCGGCGAGAGAUAUAAUGUUCUCAGAUGUAGCUGAGGAGUCUGGCAAAUACUGUGGGAAAAUGCAGACACUCUUUAUGAAGUGGCCAGGGAAAAAGUCAUCAACACCAAGCGGCUGGGCAAUACCGGCAAAGAUACAGAUAUACAUGUGGCUGGGCGCAAUACAACAUAAGAAACACUACAUAGAUGGCCUGCCUAAAGGCUACGAACUCAGUCCCGAGUUGAAAAAUGCUGAUAAACCACGAUCAUGUGCUCCUUCAGCAUUAUUUUACGCCGAGAAACACAACUUCCAAAUGCGCGCAUACAUCUAUCAAGCCCGGUCACUGAUUGGCUCGGAUUCGUCAGGACUAUCAGAUCCAUUCGCAAGAGUGGUAAUCAAUGAUGUGACCUUAACGACGCAAGUUAUCGAUGAAACACUAAGCCCGACAUGGGAUGAACUUUUAGUUUUUGACGAUAUUUUACUGUACAGCACAAUGGAACAAAUAAAAUCUGAUCCACCUACAAUAGUCAUUGAAAUAUUUGAUCAAGAUAACGUGGGAAAAUCUGAAUUUAUCGGACGUACGCUAGCUAAACCGCAUGUGAAAGGUUUUGAAGAUACAUACGAAAGACCUCAAUUCCCACCUGCGCUAGAGUGGUACGAGGUCAGCCGCGGAGGUGACAGAGCAGGAGAACUUCUGGCUGCAUUUGAAAUACUCGAGAUUCCAGCUAAACAAACAUCAUCAGUACUACCCGAACUUCCAACUCCAAGAGAACCGAACGGAAAACCACCGAUUGAUGCCAAUAAGGGACCUAUCCUACCUGUUCCAAGAGGCAUACGUCCAACUUUGUCAAAAUAUCGUAUUGAAGUUCUAUUUUGGGGGCUCCGUGAUCUUAAACGCAUUCACCUUCUCAGAGUUGACCGGCCCAGGGUGGAUAUUGAAUGCGCAGGUCAUAUCAUUUAUUCCACUGUAAUACAAAAUGCUAAACGAAAUCCUAACUUCACUAACCCCAUUAAAUUUGUUGAUGUGGAAUUGCCUGAUCAAGACCUAUACCGACCACCGUUGACAAUAAGAGUCGUAGACUGCCGUAGUUUCGGCAGAAUUACGCUCGUUGGCACUCAUACCAUUAACUCAAUACACAAAUACAUUUACACUCCAAUGAGUAAACGUGAUAGAGAAAUCGAAGACAGGAAGAAGUCAUUAAUACAGUUACAAAACGUUGAUUUGCGGGCAAAUUGCAUUGUCCCAGAUGAUGGUAUCACGGUUGAAAAUGAAAAAGAAAAUUGCCCAUUACUGGUCCGUGAAGUGCGCUCUGCACUUUCUUAUGGAUCGGGUGUGAAGCAGCCUAUAAGAAAGAGGUUUAGUAAGCGAGAGGCUAAAAAGAGGAAACCAAGUACUGACUCGGUUUUAGGUGACGAUGAAAGCAGCAAGGACUGGUGGACCAAGUAUUUUGCAUCUGUAGAGUCCAUGAUUGAACAGGGCAAAGAAGCCAAGAGGGAGCGCCAAGGAUUCAAUCAACCAGUUCAAAUGUCAUACGUUGACGAAACUCGUUCACCACGUGACGAAAUGCAUUCACCACGGGGAGAACGUGAUGCUAGACGUCGUCGCCCUACUUCCCCACGACCCGGUGUAGCACGGCAAAUUAGCCCGACCAUGCUGAAGAAAAAUGCUAUCCCAAGCUCGGCACUGACUAAGAUUAUUCCUCACGAAUUGGAAGCUGUACCCGAAUAUGACGAAUUUAAAGAAUGGCUCCAGUCUUUCGAUCUUUACCGCGGGAAAAAGACUGGGGAUGAAGCAGAAGAUGACAGUCGUGUCGUCGGCAGCUUCAAGGGAGCCCUCAAAGUGUACAAGUGGCCUCUACCACGUGGAAUUGACGACCAUACGGUAAUGGGAUUCGAUCCGAAUUUCGGGUUCUUCCAGGGAGUCCCAAAUAAUGAACCCAUACAUGUUCUAGUCAGGGUUUACAUUGUCAAGGCUACUGAUCUCCACCCGAUGGACUUAAACGGUAAAGCCGAUCCCUACAUAGUGUUGCACUUAGGAUCGAAGAAAAUAACUGAUAAAGAUAACUACGUAUCGAAACAAUUGAACCCGGUAUUCGGAAAAUGCUUCGAGAUUGAAGCCACGUUCCCACAGGACUCCAUGCUAACCAUCCAGGUCUUAGAUUGGGAUUUGCUUGGCUCUGAUGACUUAAUUGGUGAAACCAAAAUUGAUCUGGAGAAUCGUUUCUACAGUCGCCACAGGGCAACAUGCGGAUUGCCCAUGAAAUAUGAAGAACAAGGUUACAACCGCUGGCGUGAUUCUAUGAAGCCAACACAGAUUCUGGCCAAACUCUGCAAAGAUGGAAAGUUAGAUCCUCCCAUUUACGAGCAUGGGAGAGUGAAGGUUGGACGCACGGUGUUUAAUAUGCCGAUGGAUGAUACGGAACUGUUUUCCAACCCUGACACCAUUGAAGAACAGAUGGCAUUGGCCGUGUUGCACCGCUGGGAGGAGGUACCGAGGGUUGGAACCAAGCUUGUUACUGAGCAUGUUGAAACCAGACCACUUUAUAAUCCCAAUAAGCCAGGAAUCGAACAAGGACGUCUGGAAAUGUGGGUGGAUAUGUUCCCAAUGGAUAUGCCUUUGCCAGGCCAACCUGUGGACAUUGCUCCUCGUAAGCCCAAAUCCUAUGAGAUGAGGGUGAUUAUCUGGAACACUGAUGACGUAGUAUUGGAAGACGACGCAUUCUUUACUGGAGAAAAAAUGUCUGAUAUUUAUGUGAAAGGAUGGUUGCGCGGUCCUGAUGACUGUCAAUCCACCGAUAUUCAUUACCGUUCACUUACUGGAGAAGGCAACUUUAACUACCGUUUCAUAUAUCCAUUUGAUUACCUGGAAGCUGAAGAACGUAUAGUGAUAUCCCGAAAAGAAUCUGUCUUCUCCUGGGAUGAGACAGAGUGCAAGAUACCAGCUCGGCUCGAACUGCAAGUUUGGGACGCUGACCACUUCUCAGCUGAUGAUUUCCUGGGCGCCAUUACACUGGACCUUAAUAGGUUCCCGCGUGGAGCCAAGUCCUCGAAACUGUGCACUCUAGAGAUGCUCCGGAGUGACGGAUCUGUCCCUAUGGUAAACAUCUUCAAGCAAAAACGCGUCAAAGGCUGGUGGCCUUUCUACAUCAAGCGCGAUACCGAAGAAAUGGAACUGACUGGGAAGGUGGAAGCGGAGAUUCAUCUACUGACCAAGGAGGAAGCAGAGAAGGUGCCGGCCGGCCUGGGCCGCAACGAACCAGAUCCUUUGGACAAGCCCAACCGCCCGGAUGCGUCGUUCAUGUGGUUCCUCAACCCUCUCAAGUCUAUCCGAUACAUCGUCUGGCACAACUACAAGUGGACUAUCCUCAAGGCAGGAAUCGUCAUCGCCGUCGCCCUAAUGAUCUUGAUGCUCGUAUACGCUGUCCCGGGAUACACCGUCAAGAAAUUUCUUGGCGCUUAAACAACCAAGCGUUACACCAUUAGGCCUAGGAUGCGCGUCGCGAUAAGAGUUUAUCGCGCCAUUUAAUCGAUUUUACACGAAUUUUUGAUUGUUGACAUCUAAAUCAUCUAUCUUUAUCACGACGCGCAUCCUAGCCCAAAAGAAUACGAAACUUGCAUCCGAAUUUGACCAAAACGAUAACAGCUUAGACUUCCUGGGGCAAGAAUGUAGCUAACAAGGUAAUAAACAUGUUCUUACCCAAUACUUACUUACUUACUGUUGGUCUGUUGCUAAAACAUGUUUCUUCAGUUUGUCCAGCAGUUUUUACCACAGAAUCUCUACCUUUUCCUCCUGUCUUCAACCUCAAAAGCAUGUAAAAGCCCCUCUUCAAAAUUGUGGACGCAAGAGCUUCUAUUUUAAAGCUCACUUUACAAUUUUUAGUUUUCUAUACCUAAAAUGUUUCCUUUAUUUUUUUAUACUCUGCGUUUUACUGUUUUUUAUGAAAGUAUUAUAUCACGAAUUAUAUUAACUGGAAAACUUGUAUGUGAUCUUUAAAAAUAUAUAGAUAUUGGACGUAUAUAUCAUAGUUAUUAGGACGAUCAUAUCUUGGAGGCUGGUCACCAUAUUUAUAUCAGGUCAAUUUGUCGGAUAAGGUUUGUAGACGUGUGACAUCUAAUUCAGCCAAAUUUCUCGUCUCUAUAAAUUGGCACAG